AUGGACGAUUACCGUUUUCUCACUCAGCAGUCUCCAAGAAACGAGGCGCCGAUGAAUUCUCUUGUCUCACCACCGCGAAAUGGCAGGCCCAUGGCCCAGCCUGUCUCGCAAGACCUCCGAACCACCUUGCCUCGACGAUUCACCACCGACUCGGGGCGUGUACCAACAUUGUCCACUAUAUCCACGCAGCAACGGUUGCCCGAAUCUCAGGAAUACCCUACGGCUACCCAGUAUAAACUCCAAGUGUUGGAGAAGAAGAAGCUCGACUAUGAGAGACUUCGCGAGCAGAAGCGCCGAUUCGAGGCCGAGAUGCAGAGGUUGGAACAGCAGCAACGGCAGAGUGAGCUCGAACUUGGCCAGAUGGAGGGCGAACUUGGCCGAGGAAAUGGUAUGGGCUUGACAGGACACCUAUCUGAGCCAACUACACCGCCCGAGUUUCGCGAGAGCAGCAACGGCUUUCCUACCAUGUUCUCUCGCCCCAACCGGUACUCGAUGUCCAGUCUUGUUUCCCCUCCUGGGAUUUCCACUCGUGGAGCAAGAUCCGGUUCACAGCUCGCGUCUCCCCAAUCAGGCAUCCCCCAAUCUCGGUUCUUUGAGGACCAGAUGCCUUCUCGCUCCGUCCCCGCGUCUCGAAGAAACAGCGACGAGGAUGAGAAGGAGGAGGCUCUCCGCCAGGAUCCGACUAGCCACCGGUCGACUAAUGCCCUUAACCGGUACUCUCUGCCAGUGACCCGUCGUGGUAACCUCUACGACAACAUCGAUCAGACCAACACAGCUGGUUUUCUCUUCCGCGACGACGAUCCCACAAUGGACUCGAGCAACUACGCCGGUGUCGAGGGCAAGGAGGAUACCUUCCCCCAGCUGUAUGCUCAGAACGGCAAUCUGAACAUGCUUGCCAGCGGAGAAGUCACCCCUACCAACGGCGGCUGGGCCAACCUCCCCCGUCACCGACAUCAGCAAAGCCUGUCCAGCAUUGGCUCCUCCCAGAUGAACGGUAACGACCACAUGGGCUCUGCGCAGCCUAGCUCUACUGCUGAUGUCAAUGCCAACACCCUCGGAGGUCGCCCGCACCGCUUCUCCCUUGACAUGAACCAUCAGUACAAGGCCGACACUUCUGCGGAUGCAGCUUCCGUCGCUGCCAUGUCCCCCACGUCGAGCCAGGUCACGUCCACGCCCCCCAAGCUGCAGACCUCAUUCUCCUCCAACGACAUCCCGACCGCUAAGAACGUCAACGGUGCCGGAUCGGCUGUCUCUAACGCUAAUGCCCACGCUCAGCAGCACUUUCAUAACCACAAUGCUAGCAUGGGCCGCAUCCCCACGAGUGCCAUCAAGCGACACAGCCGCGAGCUUUCGGGUGACAAUCAAGUUCCUGUGACCCAAGCUGGAGGAAACUUUCCUUCAAUCCAAUCGCAGUUGCAAGCUAACGCCCCUGCCUUUGGUCCGGGUGCUCCCAGCCAGCUUCAGUCUCCUACGUCUGUCAGCGCGGCUUCCACUACUUCGCCCUCGUCUUCUGUUGGAUCCUACCAGCAGCAAUUCUAUGGCGGAUACAACCCGGCCACCCCCAAUGGCUACAACGUGGGUAUGCUAGCCAUGGGCAUGCAGAACAUGAAUGUCAACGGCUACUCUCCGCAGAACUACACCGGCUACAGCCCCGUCUACCAGGCUGCCAUACAGCCCCACCGGGAUUCGCAGCAGCGUGUGAUGCAGCAGCGUCGGGCUCAGGAUAAUGAAGCUAUGAACCGCUAUACCAACUUGCCUUUGGAGCAGGUUGGAGGUACCAUCUACGAGCUCUGCAAGGACCAGCACGGUUGCCGAUACCUCCAAAAGCAGUUGGAGAACCGGCUUCCCGAGCAGGUCCACAUGAUCUGGAUGGAGACGAACCAGCACGUGGUUGAGCUGAUGACAGAUCCGUUUGGCAAUUACUUGUGCCAGAAGCUCCUGGAGUAUUGCACAGAUGACGAGCGGACCGUUCUGAUUCAGAACGCUGCCACUGACAUGGUUCGCAUUGCUCUGAAUCAACAUGGUACGAGGGCCUUGCAGAAGAUGAUCGAGUUUGUCACCACUCAGACUCAUGUCCAGAUCAUUAUCGAGGCCUUGCGCUACCGAGUUGUCGAGCUGAUUCAGGAUCUGAAUGGCAACCACGUCAUUCAGAAGUGCCUGAACAAGCUAUCGGUCACCGACGCUGAAUUCAUCUUCAGUGCUGUCGGCAACCACUGCAUCGAGGUUGGCACUCAUCGUCACGGUUGUUGCGUCCUCCAACGAUGCAUUGACCACGCCACCGGUGCUCAGAAGGCUUGGCUUGUCUCCCGGAUUACGGAGCAUGCUUACCGCCUUGUUCAGGAUCCCUUCGGCAACUAUGUUGUGCAAUACAUCAUUGACCUCAACGAGCCCAACUUCACGGAGCCCCUCGUCCGCGAAUUCUCUGGCAAGAUUAGCCAGCUUUCACGCCACAAGUUCAGCUCCAACGUCGUCGAGAAGUGCCUUCGCUGCGGUCAGGAUGAAUCCAAGGACAUGAUCGUCAACGAGCUACUCACCCAGGGCGAGAUGGAGCGUCUCCUGCGAGACUCGUUCGGCAACUACGUGGUCCAGACCGCGUUGGACCAUGCCACCUACAUCAUGAAGCACCAACUUGUCGAGGCCAUUCGCCCUAUGCUUCCGGGUAUCAGAGGCACUCCCCAUGGUCGCCGCCUGGCAGGAAAGAUCACGCAGCAUGAUGCUCGCAACGGUAACGGUAGCAACAACGCCAGUGGACAGUCAACCCCCUCCGACCCGACUCAGGGCCAGAUCUCGAUGCGCCCUUCCCACAACCGUGGCAUGUCUAAUCAGUCGAUCCUCGCGCCUGGCGUCUUCACCAACGGCCUCAAUGGCACCCGAGCCCAGCUGUCAUACCCCAACACGGCGACCCUGACUGUCCAGGGAACCCCCAACCCUCCUCCGCAACCCCCGCGGAUGGGGUACCCCAUCUACCCCAAUGCUGGUGGUCCCAACUCGGGAAACGGCGAAGGAUCUUUUUUCUAG